AUGGGGAGCGCGGUCUGUGGUAAAGGGGACGCGAUGGGGAGCGCGGUCUGUGGUAAAGGGGACGCGAUGGAGAGCGCAGUCUGUGGUAAAGGGGACGCCAUGGGGAGCGUGGUCUGUGGUAAUGGUGACACGAUGGGGAGCGCGGUCUGUGGUAAAGGGGACACUAUGGGUAGCGUGGUCUGUGGUAAAGGGGAUGCGAUGGGGAGCGCGGUCUGUGGUAAAGGGGACGCGAUGGGGAGCGCAGUCUGUGGUAAAGGGGACGCCAUGGGGAGCGUGGUCUGUGGUAACGGUGACACGAUGGGGAGCGCGGUCUGUGGUAAAGGGGACACGAUGGGGAAUGCGGUCUGUGAUAAAGGGGACGCGAUGGGGAGCGCGGUCUGUGGCAACGGUGACAUGUUGGGGAGCGUGGCCUGUGAUAAAGGGGACGUGAUGGGGAGCGCGGUCUGUGAUAAAGGGGACGCGAUGGGGAGCGCGGUCUGUGAUAAAGGGGGCGCGAUGGGGAGCGCGGUCUGUAGUAAAGGGGACACAAUGGGGAGCGCGGUCUGUGGUAAAGGGGACACGAUGGGGAAUGCGGUCUGUGAUAAAGGGGACGCGAUGGGGAGCGCGGUCUGUGGCAACGGUGACAUGUUGGGGAGCGCGGUCUGUGGUAAAGGGGACACGAUGGGGAGCGCGGUCUGUGGUAAAGGGGACGCGAUGGGGAGCGCGGUCUGUGGUAAAGGGGACGCGAUGGGGAGCGCAGUCUGUGGUAAAGGGGACGCCAUGGGGAGCGCAGUCUGUGGUAAAGGGGACGCCAUGGGGAGCGCAGUCUGUGGUAAAGGGGACGCCAUGGGGAGCGCAGUCUGUGGUAAAGGGGACGCCAUGGGGAGCGUGGUCUGUGGUAAAGGGGACGCCAUGGGGAGCGUGGUCUGUGGUAAAGGGGACACGAUGGGGAAUGCGGUCUGUGAUAAAGGGGACGCGAUGGGGAAUGCGGUCUGUGAUAAAGGGGACGUGAUGGGGAGCGCAGUCUGUGAUAAAGGGGACACUGGGGAGCGCGGUCUGUGGUAA